GCUGCACAGAAUGCACAGGAUGAAGAGCUAGGAGAGAGAUUUGGAACUUUGAGAUCCCCAGGUGCUUGUAGAAAUGUAGCACAUCCACCAAGGUUCUGGGCAUGAAGUUCUCCCCUUGGUGGGUGUAGCAGGGUGUUACAGCCCUCUUGGAAAGGACCAUGCCAGCAGAUAUCCCCAUCCUGAACAGCUCCUCAGUAGGAGCCCAGCUUGGAAAUAAGUGUCUAGCAGGCAGCCCUGGAGAGGAACAGUUUCAGCACUAUGGACAGUUCUCCCCCACUGUCUCCAUUCUCCUGGCAGUCACCAUGGCUCUCAUGGUCCUGGCCACAGUCCUGGGGAAUGCCUUGGUCAUCUUGGCUUUUAUUGUUGACAAGGGACUCCGCACCCAGGGCAAUUUCUUCUUCCUCAACUUGGCUAUCGCAGAUUUCCUAGUGGGUGGAUUUUGCAUCCCAUUGUAUAUCCCUUAUGUCCUGACCGGCCAGUGGAAGUUUGGAAAAGGCUUAUGCAAGUUGUGGCUAGUGAUGGACUAUCUCUUGUGCACAGCAUCUGUGUUCAACAUUGUCCUGAUCAGUUAUGAUAGGUUCAUCUCAGUCACCAAAGCGGUGUCUUAUAGAGCUCAAAAGGGAAUGACAAGAAACGCCGUCUUAAAAAUGAUGGUGGUGUGGGUUUCAGCAUUCAUUUUGUACGGCCCGGCCAUUAUAAGUUGGGAAUACAUUGCAAGAACAACUAUAUUACCAGAAGGUGAAUGUUAUGUGGAAUUUUAUUACAACUGGUAUUUCUUAAUGAUAGCCUCAACGGUGGAGUUCUUUACACCCUUCAUCAGUGUGACUUAUUUUAAUUUGAGCAUCUACAUCAACAUCAAGAAGAGAACCAUGAUGAGAAACGAGGAGCUUGCUCAAGGCCAAGAACAUUGCGAGAUGAGUUUCCAAGGGAAGAAAAAAGAGCACCUAAUAUUUUUUGUGAAACCGGCGGACCGGCCACGCUGUGACGCCAAAAAGCAGUCCUCCUGCCUUUCCCCCACGAGACCUUCUGCCUCUGCGCAUGGUGCACCAAAGCUUGAAGGUCACAUGUUGGACCUGAACUUAAGUCAAGAUCUUCCACCAUUACAAGUUGAAGUCCAAACCAAAAGACCUCAAGACUGCUUUUACAAAACCGUAGAAAAUGCUUGCAGCAAUAUCAGACAAGAUAUGGCUAGUAGCAUUGCCAACCGAUUUAGGCUAUCGAGGGACAAAAGAGUAGCCAAGUCUCUGGCUAUCAUUGUUUGUGUGUUUGGGCUAUGCUGGGCACCAUACACGCUACUGAUGAUCAUCAGGGCGGCCUGCCAUGGCCGAUGUGUCCAACAUUAUCUCUAUGAGAUUUCCUUCUGGCUUCUGUGGUUAAAUUCAGCCAUCAACCCCGUGCUGUAUCCUCUUUGCCAUAUGAGUUUCAGGAAAGCUUUCAUGAAGCUUCUUUGCCCAGGAAAAGCAAAAAUACACCCAAAUAUUUUCAUGUGACAAACAAUGUUAAAUAACUAAGGAAAAACUUU